GGGGUACAUUAUUAGAAAUUACAGCACAUGAACGUUAUUCCGGUAUAUAUUUGACAGUCGGUAUCUGUUUUACCAACGGUUUUUAUUGGUAACUUGUUCCUUUGGGGGCGAAACUGACAGUUUGCUCCGUUGUUGUAGACAAACAGUUAACUUACCGUUGGUGAAGACCCAUCACUGCUCAGCUGCUUUUUCUUCCCCACAGCCCACAGACUGACCCCCCGGGGGGACGUGGAGCAUAGCUGCAGACAUGUUAGCAAGCGAUAGCUACAAUCGAUGGAAGAAAGCAACUUUGAUUUAGACAGGCGGUCCGUCCAGGUGACCGUAUGCGACUGCUUCUGUUCAACAGCUAACAAGCAAUUUGCUGGUCUCUAGCCAGCUAACUUUAGCCUUGUCAGUUUGUGGCCAGGGCCUUGUUCUGCUUCUUCUUACCUGCGCUUUCGGGAAAAAAAAUCAAGGGCCAUGGAUUUCCCGGGCCACUUUGAGCAGAUCUUCCAGCAGCUAAACUAUCAGCGUGUCCAUGGUCAGCUGUGUGACUGUGUAAUCGUGGUUGGCAGCCGACACUUCAAGGCCCACCGCUCAGUGCUGGCAGCCUGCAGCACCCACUUCAGAGCCCUGUUCUCCGUCGCAGAGGGAGACGCCAGCAUGAAUAUGAUCCAGCUGGACAGUGAGGUGGUGACAGCUGAAGCUUUUGCUGCUCUGGUGGACAUGAUGUACACUUCAACACUGAUGUUGGGGGAGAGCAAUGUGAUGGACAUCCUCCUUGCAGCCUCGCAUCUGCACCUCAACAAUGUAGUCAAGGCCUGUAAACACUACCUGACCACGCGCACGCUGCCUAUGUCCCCCUCAUCUGACAGACCCACCCACCACCACCCGCAGCAGGAGCAGCAGAGGCACAGGCAGCAGCAGCAAGUAACGGAGUUAGCAGUGAACCCUUCUCUAGCCGCUAACACCAAUCUCGCUGCAAAUUCUGCGACAUCGAAGUUGCAGCGCUCUUUCAUGCUGCAGCAGCUGGGGCUCAGCUUGGUGAGCUCUGCUUUAGGUGGGAUGGAGGAGGAUGGGGUUGGAAAUGUCGUUGGCGGCAGAACCGUGGAGCAGAGAGCCUCCUUCCCUAUCCGACGCUUCCAUAAACGUAAGCCCUCUCUGGCCCUGGGCCUGUCAGAAGAGAGACCCAGGCAGAGGCAGCGCCCCUCUGCUCCUAACCUGGCAUUGUUAGGAGAAGACGGAGUGAACGCAGAGCGAGAGGAAGGAGCACUACUCUCCCCGGAUUCCCACAAGAUGGGGGAUGAAAUCAAAUUGGAUGCUGCAGUUACUGGCCGAGUAGGUGUGUCCCAAGAUGACCCUCAAAUGCCCAGCCAGUCCGACAGUGGGCACUGUGAAGGGGAGGACUUGGGGAGAAUGCAGGGAGGGAUGGGCAAGGUGGAGGACGUGGAGGACAUGGAAGACAGGGACCACCAGGACAACAGAGCGGGGGUGAAGAUCAAAUCAGGAACAGAGGAGGAGGACGCCGAAGAACAGAAGGUGGUGGUUAAACGAGAGCCGCUAAGCUCACCUGAGCCAACCGAUGAAAUCAGUGACGUGACAUCGCAGGCUGAAGGCAGUGACCCGGCUGAGCCCGGGGGCCAGGAGGAGGAGAAGGUGGAGCUGAGCCCGGAGAGCAGCGACCGCAGCUUCACCUCUGAAACUCAGCCCAGUUCUGACUCUCUGCUGCAGCCCAGCUCCCAGCUCCUCCAUAAGAGCAGCAUGGGAGGAGGUGGCGGAGUCGUAGGAGGUUUUGGGUGUAAUAAUGGAUUGAACAGCAAACCCGGUUUCAGCAUUUCUAGCUUCCUUGGCCCUAAGGAUUUUGGAAGUGGUGAUGCAGGGUUGAUCGGUGGAGAGGAUGACCUCCCUAACACAACAACUGGUGACACAGUUGCACAUCACUUCCUGCUGAGACAGGAAACUGCUGAGCCGGCUGGCUCUGCCUCUUCCUCUCUUCUGCAGUCAGGUCCGCACAGUGGCGAGAGUCGCAACACUUUUGGAAAUAACCUACAGGCUGAUUCUCUGUUCCUUCGUCCACUGCAUGACGGUUUGGGGAACCCCAGAGGAAGUGGGGGAAGUGGAGGGGUUGAUCCAUUUGGUUUGGACUUCCAGCGCUCCAGUCUGGGGCUUCACUCGCUGGGGCGACCCUCACGAGGAGCUGGAGGAGCUGCCGCCACCACUCUGGGUUAUCCGGGCUACAGACGUAUUGCUCCAAAAAUGACAGGUAACAUGGGAGGAGAAGAAGGAGUAGGUGGUGUUCUCCAGGAUGCUGCCUCUUCCUCGUCAAGUCUGGUGAGUCCCCUUCUCCUCAACGAGAGCGGUGGGUAUGAGAUGAACAGUGGCAGGCCCACCUCCCUCCCACCCCACCUGACCCGAGCUUCAGCAGAUGUCCUAUCCAAGUGCAAGAAGGCUCUAUCGGAGCACAAUGUCUUGGUGGUCGAGGGAGCUCGGAAAUACGCCUGUAAAAUCUGCUGCAAAACCUUCCUCACCCUGACAGACUGCAAGAAACACAUCCGCGUCCACACAGGAGAGAAGCCCUACGCGUGUCUCAAAUGUGGAAAGCGCUUCAGCCAGUCCUCUCACCUGUACAAGCAUUCCAAGACCACCUGUCUACGCUGGCAGAACAGUAACAUGUCCAACGCACUGCUGUAGGACCAAGUGGGGGCGAAAGGAUGAAUAUACAGGGAAUCAGUGAUAGGCUGAAUCCAAUUAUACUGCAUUUUUGUUUGCCAGUUUUCCCUGAUUUAAAGUCCCAAAAGUAUUUUGAUUUUUCUGAAGUUGUGUCGGAGCAGCUGUUCGGUCCAAACUAAUCAGUCCUGAUCACAGACCAAAGACAGGGAUGAUAAUGUAAUCAUACAGUUUCUUUUCCAGGAGAUACAGACACCAUCAAGUCAAAGUUAUAGUAAAUACAUUUUGCUUAUAACAAGAUUAGAGAGAUGUAGAACAAAAACGCUUCAUUUAUUAUUGCUGUGGAUUCAUUAUAGAGCACCACAGAUAAACACUGUAUACUCUCCUUUAGUAUCAUGUAGUGAUACGAGUAUGAGGAUUUUCCAGUAGUGUCAGUACAUGCUGCCCUUGGACUUUGCACAGUGUGACCGGGUCCAGUCGAGGCUCGGCCUUUAAAGCUGCCACACUGUUGGCUAUAUUGUGUUUUUAACAAGUGAAGUGAAAUUUAGAUCCGUUGAAGUAUAUAUAGUUUGUUGUUAUGGAAGCGAAUUUGCUUCAGUCAUUGUAACACUCAAUCUGAGUGUGUGCAGAUAAUGGCAGCUGCAGAUAACAUGUAAAAUAUUGUGCUUAUGUGUAGAUUCUUCAUUGCACAUUUGGAAAACUUGUAGCAGCAUCUCACAUCAGACUGUUGAUUCAUCCUAACUGUGCAUACUGGCUGUGCCUUGUUCUGUGCAAGGGUAGUCAAAUACAUAAAGUAAUUCAGAUAUGGAUGCCAGAUAUAUUGCCUCUAAGAAGUACAUCCUCUAUCCUGUGAGACAGGACUAGCUAAAGCUGAAAUUAGUAACUUUCUGCAAGAGUAUCUAGGGUUGCAGUGAUAAUGUGAUCAACUGGCCGGGUCACAUAUACGUGAUUCUUAUGUUUACUGAAGUAAAAAAAAAAAAGUAGAGGCAUUGUUAACCAGGACAGGAGCAACCAAAAAAAAUAGUUCAACAUUUCUCAGUAGUUGAUUAUAAAUAUUCACGCAUAUUCGACUACUAAAUCAAGUAAAGUCAAAUUGUUGUGAGAUAUUUGACCUCUUCUGUUGCCUUUUAGUCCAACCACCUAUGAAUUACCAUCAUUGGUCGUGUUGCUGAGCUCAGUUAGAGUUGAGAAUAUGUAAAAUAAUUCAGUUUGCACUGAUGGGACCAUCUCACUUCAUGUGACUAUGGGAAUAAAUGUCUUGCUUUUGUUACAUUUAUACCUGUAGUUUGUAAGUACAAGUAUUGGAUGAAUGGGAAGCUUUGAAUUGCUCUUUCAUGCUCUUACCCAAUUAGUGUUUGCCAGACAGAGCUGUUAACCUUAGAAGGAAGUUGCAUUGUUUAAGGAAGUCAAAAAAUGCACAAUGAUUCAGUUGGCAUCAUCUGCACUGACUUGGCCUUGAAGUCUUUUGUUGUGAAAACUAAUAUAACAUAACACUGCAGUAUAAUGCCAUGCGAGAUAACGCCUUCACAGGAAAAUGCAUUGUAAAUGCACCUUAUUUUGUGUCAUUAUGUGCAAAACUUACAAUUUGUUUUUUUUAUGUUUAGAAGUUAUGGCAUUAAAGCAACUUCUCAGUGGUUAUUGACUGGGAGUGCCCACAACAAGUUCAGCUGUGGCCAAUAAGUUUACUGACCAUCUGUGUACAGUGUGUGUGUGUGUGUGUGUGUGUGUGUGUGUGUGUGGGUGUGUGUGUUUGUUUGUGUUUAAAGGGCAAUGAAGUCGUCUACAAUUUAUCCAUGAUUUAGAAUAUAUCUUCUGUGGUCAGCUGUGUGUUUGUUUUUGUUUGGGUAGAUGGAUGGGUUGUUACACAGGCGAGUGUUGUUCAGAAAAACAAAAAAAUCCUUUCCCUGUUCAGUGACAGUUCUAUUCUUUAUUGACAAUCAAUAAAAAGAUCUUUGAAAGAAAGGGCAGUUAAGUCGUGCUGAGAGGCAGAAAAUUGUCUACAGCUUGUUGAGGUUGGUGUGGGUUGAAAAGUGCUUCAGAAAUGUAAAUAUUGCACAUUUGUGUUUGGUGUCAUUUUUCUCUUGGAGAGGAGACAAAACAACUCAUGAAGAAGAAGUAAACAUUGUCUAUAAGUUUGCUACUGUACUUGAUAUCAGUGCUUUAUACAUGUGUCUUAUACAUCUAAUGUUGCAUCUGUUACAAAAGCACUUAGACAAAUCAUUCUUUUUGUAUAACCAAUAUGUUUACUGGAAUGUUGAACUAUGUGAAAACAUUGCUGUAUUGCAAUUAUCCAACUCUACCAGCUCUCAAGGGUAUGUAGCCAACAGUUUUAGCAUUUUAGCAUCUGUUCCUCUCAGUGGAUGAAUCAUUGUACAGGAUAGACUGUAGAAUUUAUCAUAUAUCAUUGAAUUUAGGGAAACAUUUGACAUGUUCAUGUUUCAUAAUUUAAAAAAAACAAUGAAGGAUUUCUUGUCAAUUUUUGUUUUAAUUUGUUUUUAUGUAUCUAGGGUGUCUGUGAAUACUUUUGACUAGUUUUGCAAGGCUCAUAAAAAACAAACAUGCUGAGAAGGAAUCCAAAUUUGCAGUUUUUAGGGGAAAAAUACAGCAAAUCUAGAAUAUGAAUGAAUUUUACAUCAACCCAGUUUGGGAUGCCUGACCUACUACAGGUUGUAAAGAAGAGCAGCUUCAUCAGUAGACAGUUGGUUAAUUGAAAUCAAUAUUCAUGCAGUGUUGUAAAGUCCUGUUUAAGUGAACCAAAAUGAAAAAACACUGUAAAUACAUGUUUGCCUUUUUGUAUACAUUAAUUGCUUGCUGUAUUGUGUCACCUAACACUGUCAAUGAGAAUCACAUGGUCAUUGCUUCCAUAGUCGGCACCUUAAUGUACUGUAGAGUCAUUACACUGUUAGUCUGUACAAAAUGACGGAUUUAUUUGACACAUAUGUUAAUGGGUAAUUUUGACUUUUUACUUCAUAGAAAAAUAAUUGCCUUGUAAGACAUUCUCCCUGUAAACAUAAGCUAACCUGUUUGCCCUUGUUCACCAGUAAUUAACAGUAAAGUCGUUUAAAGCUCGGCAACUGAUGGUUAAACCUCAAAUCUGACUUCUGUUCCUGUGUGUUGCCUACUCUUAUUCAGCCUCUCCUCUCAUUAUGGAGCUGUGAUAUCCUUUUGAGAUGUAAUCCUCCAAAAUGGCUUCCCUGUCUCACACAGUGGCCUGUUAAGAAUUAUUAUGGUGCUGUCUUCUAAUGCUGUUGCAUAAACAGUUAAUGUGAAUCUCUGAAAAAUGCACUGUAUUACCCCUGUUUAGAUAUGCCAAAAUAUUUUUGAAAAGUAUAUAGAAGAUGAUUAAAGUCCCUGCCUUGCGCCUUGUAGCUUGAAAAGCUGGGCUUUUGAUGAUAAAAUGCCAAAACUGAAAGAUUUCUGUUGUUUUCUUUCCUGUAUAACUAACAUAUUGUAACCACAAGAGGACUAAAUGUUUGUCUCUGUACUGUUGAAGGCUAUGAAGAUUGUAUAGUAUAUUCAGUUGUUGUAUAGACUGAUUAAAAAGACAAUGAACUUCA